AAGAAAACAAAAGGCUACCUGUUGACGAUCGUGUUGCUUUUGGGAUAUUUUGCUUAUGUAAUUGCCGCUAUGUGUUACAGGUAAUCCUAGCUGCAUUUAUUUAUGUUCAGAUGAUUCGUGAUUUUAGAUCAGUUUGGAAAGACAUGAAAAAUAUUUUGCCCCCCCCCCCCUUUUUAAAACAAAGUAUUUAGAGAACAGGGUCCGAAACGUAUUUUAGUUUUGAACCCAUUUUAUAGAGUCAGCUGCGUACCUUGAGUGAAUACAACAUGUGGUCACUCCCAAAAAUCUGCCACCCCCACCCCCACGUGAUCUAGAAAAACCCUGUCAGUUAUUUAUUUAAUGUUAAAUAAAAUUUAAACAGUGUCACCAAGGGCGGGUGGUCCCUUUGCAACGCCCUAUGUACGUCAUUGGUGACAUGUGAUUCGUCAUAUUGACACAAAAUCAAUCACCCCAUUCUAAAGCUUCCGGUUCUAAACAUGGGGUUGCAUUGAGAUUUUUACAAAGCAUACGUUGUUUUUUUUUUUUAAUUUCUUUUUUUAAAUUCAAAAUUUCUUAUCCUUCUUGUUUUGUCUUGUCUGCUGAAGAAGGCAUCUGGCCGAAACGCCUGUUUAAUUGCCCCGUCUUUUCUUUUCAAGCCCAAUCACAUACUUUUCCAGUAUUUAUUUACCAAACAAAAUUCUCGAUUGACUCAUGUCACUCAACCAUUUAAUAUGGCUCUGCGAUGGUGAUUUUUGUCUCCCAUCUUUUUCCAGCUAGCUAGCUAUUAUCUCCUAGAUGUAUAUUGGCUUGUGUAGUUUAUGGUUGCAAGGGAUGAACGACUUUGAAUGGGUAUGCUCGUGUGUAAUUUUUGUAAUGUUGCGUUUUGUAUUUCAAUGUGGUAAAAUACAGAUUGUUUUCAUGACUCUUUUAAUAUGUUUGACUUUGUACCGCGCUUCGAGCCUUUGGGGAUGAAGCGUGAUUUUCAAAUAAACUUUAUUCGUAUUACUGUUAAUGAAAAUAUCAAUUCCAGUGUCUGCACACAACUUUUUUACAGUCACAGUAAUAACGCAGUAAAUAAAAAGAAUGGAAUCAUAUAAUUUUCGCUACUUUGAAAUACCAGAACGUUACAAGUGUGCUCUCAUUCAUUUAUAGUUCUUCACUCCUAACAGACGUGAGGGAUCCAUGCUUGUUCUUCUCUCUCAUCUACCCCCUUUCCUGUCCUCUGCGCAUGAUCAGAAAUCAUCCACUUAAUAUCUCUAAAUAACGAAACACUACAUUUCUGUAAACACGAAUCUGCUACAAUAACGAUUUCUGUUGAAGGUAGCUUUAAUUCAUCAUUUCUUCACUGUUGACGCAAGUGUAGCCCACAGGGCGCUCGUCGCAGUUUGCGUUUGGGGUUGCUGCCCAUGGUUUGAGAACCCAUGAAUUAAAGAAUACAAAUACUUUGAUUGCACCAAAGAAAUGUAAUCUGUCAAUUUAGAAAGUAUUUGUUUGUAUUUCUGUAUAUUGUUUGACUAGCUAAUAUCAUUUUAAUACAAAACUUGACCGUAUCAUUACUUAGAGAACCGUGGUUUAUGCUAUGUUUAAUCCCAGUGUAAUAAACGUUUCUAUUUGUAAGAGACGUGAUCUAUUUCUGUAAUUUAGUUUGUCAGAGACGUAAUCUAUUUCUAUGAUUUAGUUUGUCAGAGACGUGAUCUAUUUCUAUGAUUUAGUUUGUCUGAGACGUGAUCUAUUUCUAUGAUUUAGUUUGUCAGAGACGUGAUCUAUUUCUAUGAUUUAGUUUGUCAGAGACGUGAUCUAUUUCUAUGAUUUAGUUUGUCAGAGACGUGAUCUAUUUCUAUGAUUUAGUUUGUCAGAGACGUGAUCUAUUUCUAUGAUUUAGUUUGUCAGAGACGUGAUCUAUUUCUAUGAUUUAGUUUGUCAGAGGCGUGAUCUAUUUCUAUGAUUUAGUUUGUCAGAGACGUGAUCUAUUUCUAUAAUUUAGUUUGUCAGAGACGUGAUCUAUUUCUAUAAUUUAGUUUGUCAGAGACGUGAUCUAUUUCUAUAAUUUAGUUUGUCAGAGACUUGAUCUAAUUCUAUGAUUUAGUUUGUCAGAGGCGUGAUCUAUUUCUAUGAUUUAGUUUGUCAGAGGCGUGAUCUAUUUCUAUGAUUUAGUUUGUCAGAGACGUGAUCUAUUUCUAUAAUUUAGUUUGUCAGAGACGUGAUCUAUUUCUAUGAUUUAGUUUGUCAGAGACGUGAUCUAUUUCUAUGAUUUAGUUUGUCAGAGGCGUGAUCUAUUUCUAUGAUUUAGUUUGUCAGAGACGUGAUCUAUUUCUAUAAUUUAGUUUGUCAGAGGCGUGAUCUAUUUCUAUGAUUUAGUUUGUCAGAGGCGUGAUCUAUUUCUAUAAUUUAGUUUGUCAGAGGCGUGAUCUAUUUCUAUAAUUUAGUUUGUCAGAGACGUGAUCUAUUUCUAUAAUUUAGUUUGUCAGAGACGUGAUCUAUUUCUAUGAUUUAGUUUUUUAGAGACGUGAUCUAUUUCUAUAGUUUAGUUUGUCAGAGACGUGAUCUAUUUCUAUAAUUUAGUUUGUCAGAGACGUGAUCUAUUUCUAUAAUUUAGUUUGUCAGAGACGUGAUCUAUUUCUAUGAUUUAGUUUGUCAGAGACGUGAUCUAUUUCUAUGAUUUAGUUUGUCAGAGACGUGAUCUAUUUCUAUGAUUUAGUUUGUCAGAGACGUGAUCUAUUUCUAUGAUUUAGUUUGUCAGAGGCGUGAUCUAUUUCUAUGAUUUAGUUUGUCAGAGACGUGAUCUAUUUCUAUAAUUUAGUUUGUCAGAGGCGUGAUCUAUUUCUAUGAUUUAGUUUGUCAGAGGCGUGAUCUAUUUCUAUAAUUUAGUUUGUCAGAGGCGUGAUCUAUUUCUAUAUUUUAGUUUGUCAGAGGCGUGAUCUAUUUCUAUAAUUUAGUUUGUCAGAGACGUGAUCUAUUUCUAUGAUUUAGGUUUAACGACGAAGGCGCAUACAGAUUGCUGGCAUGCACAAUUGUGGCUGUUAUCAUAGCAAGCAGGAGCUACAUUAGACAUGGUCUUAAAGUCUUCAUGAAAAAGGUCACAGGGUCAAGUUCACUCACGCCAGUGUGGAGAAAGCGUCGCGACGCAGUCCGAUUCUCGUUACGUUGGUCAGUGCUGAAGAAUUUUUACCUGGUUUUUUGGGGAGGAGGAGGGUGGAUAACAUAAUAUUGACCAGUUUAUUGUAGAUGUCUUUAAAAAAGAAAGACAAUUAAAAAAAGCAGUUAAAAUCCUCAUUUGUCAAAACAUUUAGGCUAACUUCUGUGAGUCUCGUACUCCGCUCAACAUGUGCAUUUAAAUAUUUAAAACAAAACCAUAAAUACUAUGUGAAAGAUUUAAUGUUAAAAUUGAUAAAAUAACCUAAAAACAAGUAUAUCCUCUUCUUUGUACCCAUAAAUUCAUUAAAGGUUUAUUUUUCUUUAGCUGAACAAUUUAUUAUUUACGUAGCUCUUCAUACGUCCCUUGAUCAAUUCCAUUAGUUCUUGGAGCUGCUCAGUUCCCAAAUAGUCUAAUACCUCUCACCAUGGAACUAUGACGAUUCGCCCCCCUACCUUUCACCACAGAACUAUUUCAUUGGCCGUUUCGCCUAUUGUGAUAAAGAAAUUAUUUAAACGAUUUUUUUUUUUAAAAGUGAAAAUUUAAAUACACGGGAGAAUUAUAAACAUAUCGAGGAACAUUUAUCUAUGUAAACGGUAAAGUUUUGUUUGUGGUUAUCUGUUUGUAGAUGGUUUUGGUAGUUCCACCUCGUCGCCCGAGUGGAUACAUUGAUAUGGGCUAAACGUUUCAUUUCUUCAAAUUGAUUUUCUUAGCACUUUAAAACGAAAUCUCGACAAGGGCCGUCCGCCCCCAAUAAUAGCCUUCCUCUGCAGCGGCGUAGCGAGGGUGUUUGGCGCCCGGGGACAAGAUUCGCGCCCGGGGACAAGAUCCAUUUUAAAGCGCCCCCUAUGUUUUUUUUCAACUCUCAACCCAUUAUUUUCAUCAAUAAAAUAAUAUCAAAGCACAUUUUGGCGCCCCUAAAUACCGGGCGCCCGGGGACAUCUGUCCCCCCUGCACCCCUCUCGCUACGCCUCUGUUCCUCUGAACACCCCCUCUCCCCUCCCCACCCCUGGACGCAAGCACACAAAGCAAAUAAAGCCUCAAAACGACUGGCGUUGAUUUAGGCUGAAAGUUGUAAGGUUGGAUUCAUGUUUUUUUGUUUUUUUUUAAUGUUUAUUUUUAAAUUAUGAUUAUAGCAACCAUUUUAAGUGAUGAGAAAAUUUCAAUUUUUUUAUUAUUUUGUAAUUUUCACUUUUUAAAUUUCAAUACUUUCCAUUUAUCUUAGUCAAGGAAAUGGUAGGCAGCGAAAUGGCUCGGAGGCAAAACGGUCGGUAGCGAAAUGGCCGGAGGCAAAACGCUCGGUAGCGAAAGGGCCCGGAGGCAAAACGGUCGGUAGCGAAAUGGCCGGAGGCAAAACGGUAGGCGGCGAAAUGGCCGGAGGCAAAACGGUAGGCGGCGAAAUUGCCGGAGGCAAAACGGUCGGUAGCGAAAGGGCCGGAGGAAAAAUGGUCGGUAGCGAAAUGGCUCGGAGGCAAAACGGUCUGUAGCGAAAUGGCUCGGAGGCAAAACGGUCGGUAGCGAAAUGGCCCGGAUGAAAAACGGUCGGUAGCGAAAGGGCCCGGAGGAAAAAAGGUCGGUAGCGAAAUGGCCCGGAUGACAAACAGUCUGUAGCGAAAUGGGCCGGAGGAAAAUGGAGGCAAAACGGUCUGUAGCGAAAUGGGUCGGAGGCAAAACGGUCGGUAGGGAAAUGGGCCGGAUGAAAAACGGUCGGUAGCGAAAGGGCCCGGAGGAAAAAAGGUCGGUAGCGAAAUGGCCCGGAUGACAAACAGUCUGUAGCGAAAUGGCCCGGAGGAAAAACGGUCGGUAGGGAAAUGUCCCAGAUGAUAAAUGGUCGGUAGCGAAAUGGCCCGGAAGAAAAAUGGUCGCUAGUUAAAUGGUCUGAAAGCAAAAACGGUCGGUAGCGAAAUGGCCCCAUCCCUUCUUACUAAGUGGCUCCAUAUUCCAUAUGAGUUUCCGCAGCAACCAGUUAUCUACCCUGUCGGAGUUAUUUCCCAUGCAUGUAUGAUCAAACAUUUCUCGUCUAAGGGUCAUGUACGCCGCUGUCAUAGGGGUCAUGAUCUGGGUGAUCGUGGACAAGGCAAUGAAAGAACCCGACAACUUGAGAUCAAUCCCAGGGAUAUUCAUCAUUAUAUUCAUAUGUCUGUUUUUUUCGUCUGCACCCAGUAAGGUGAGGUUACUGUUUCUGCUUGGUGGUGGCCAGCUCCACAUUUCAAACAAGAGUUCCUAAAACUUCAAAUUAUUUUCGGGCCCAGAAUUCCUUCUUGCACAAAAUGUGUUGCAUAGCUGUCGAGCUGAUAUUUACGCCUCAGUUGAAACUAAAUCAUAAAAUGUGUUCAACGAAGAGGACUAUAUUUUAGUUUUAAAACAAUUUUUUUAAAGGCACGACGCGUUUGGGAAAUAUGGGGGAAAUUGAAAUUUUAAAUAAACAUUUUUCAUUGUUAAUGUUUUAACAUUAUUUAAUUCCGAAACAACUUCCGUUCGAACAAUUUCUAGUCGAACAAAUUUCCUGUUACCUUAGCAUGCAACCUCUUUGUCAUUCACAAAACUGUUGAACAUAUUAUUGUUUUGUUUUUUUUUCCUCACGAAGGUCAACUACCACACGAUAUUCUGGAGUGUUGGUCUCCAGUUCCUGUUCUCCAUGUUCAUAAUGAAGUGGCAAACUGGUAAAGACGCCGUCUGGUGGCUGCAGUCUAGAGUGGACGAGUUCCUCGCAAACGCCGACGCUGGUUCGAUAGUCGUGUUUGGAAAAAAUUUCAGAGAUCAUUUCUUGAUGUUUGGGGUAUGCAUUUUUUGAGUGUUGACGGCCGCUGAUUGGUGAAGAUGGUAGCUGAUAAACUUUGAAUGUUAUAUGCUGAAAACUAAACUGAAUGGGGAUUAUGUCUGACUGCUGAAUGUGAUACGCUUGGUACAUAACGUUGUAUACUUGGCACUGAAUGCGGCCUUUUGGGUAUUGAAUGGGGUAUUUUGGAAAAUGAAUGGUGUAUGACGGGUACUGCAAACCAGAUUAAAAUACAUUAAUCUGUGGAUUUAUAAAGUACUGAAUGGGAUAGACGGGGUAUAGGGGCUAUCGAUUGGAAUUGGAUACCCAAUGGGGGUGGGUACCGAAUGGAGCAGGGCACCGAAUGGCGUAAGGCAUCGAAUGGUGUAAGGUACCGAAUGGUGUAAGGUAACGAAUUGAGAUUGGUUCUCAAUGCAGAUGGCUAAAUCAGGUGGGCUCUGAUUAAGCUUCAUAUUGAUGUUUUCUGAAACUCACUGAAACUCAUAGCCUCUAAACGAAAAAGUCGUCUUUAUUUUUUGUACAUUAAAUUUUCUACACCUAAAACAAAAGCAUCAACCAAGUUUAGCUUUCAUGAAUCCGAUCUCUGAUAUUCAAUGUUAUCUCUAGCAAGCAUAAAUCCGUAAAAAGAUAAUGAUUUAAAAAAAACUGAAUAUUUGUAUUUAACGUACCCCCAUUUAGGCGAUGCCUCUGCUUUUAUUCAUCAAUGGCAUGAUAACGCUCUUGUACUAUUGUGGAGCCAUGCAGUUUACCAUAAGAGUCUUCGGGAAUUUCCUUCAGUUCGUCCUGGACACAUCGCCUAUUGAGUCCAUGGCCGUCGCUGCUGGGACGUUCAUGGAAGGGGUAAGAGAAGCAUGUUAUUAGCGCACUUACUCCCCUUUUACAUUUGGGCGCUGAAUUAAUGAAACACGGUCAAUCUAUUAUGUGAGCUGAGCAACAAAAGUCAAUUGCUAAUUUGUGGUCCCUUUUUUCCACAGGAAGUAAUCUCACUUGAUUGGUCGAGACAUUUUUCUUUCUUUUUUUUACAAAUUGGUUUAUUACGCUACAAAAAAAAAAAUAUUUAAAAAUACAUUAAAAAAUUUAGAAUAUUUUCAUACAUAAACAACUUUUACUUUUAUCAACUUAGGUUUGACAGCUCUUUGUCCAUUUCCUAGACAGCUUUUUGUCUCCAUUUCCUAAGACAGCUUUUGUUCAUUUCCUAGACAGCUUUUUGUCUCCAUUUCCUAAGACAGCUUUUGUUCAUUUCCUAGACAGCUUUUUGUCUCCAUUUCCUAGACAGCUUUUGUUCAUUUCCUAGACAGCUUUUGUUCAUUUCCUAGACAGCUUUUUGUUCAUUUCCUAGACAGCUUUUUGUUAAUUUCCUAGACAACCCCAAAUGGCAUCCGAAUAGCACUGAGUCAAAAUGGACCCAGACACGCAGCGCCGCCAUUCGCACCCGGGUACCAUUAGACUCAAGCUAUUCGGAUGUCAUUUGUGGUAGUUUAUAUUAGUUAAACUGAAGAAUUAAGUUUACAAACAUAAAGCCCAUUCAAUUGUCUUUCAUUUGAUACCUGAUUUUGUCCUACAAACCCAACAAUAAAAUUUAAAUAGUUUUUUUAAUCCCAACCUCUCACUUCUGGUACCCGGGUACGAAAAGUUGCAGCCUUUCAAAAAUUUACGAUAACUACGUGGUUAUUAAAAAAGCUCUUUAUGUUUUUAAUUAAACUUCAAUUGGCUUUUUUCCAUUUCAAUUCCUGAUUUUACUGAUGACUCCACCCUCACCCCCAACCCCCACGGGCUAGUGCUCGUCCAUAACACCCUAAAUGGCAAUUUUCAAUGUAUCUCUACUAUUAUCAAGAAAGGACCAGUUUAGGCCAGGUGUUAGCUAUAAACAUUAGAAUUGUCUUUUAAAACAGAAAUUAAGAAUAGAACUAAAACAUUGGAAAAUAAAUCCCCCCCCCCCUGCUGUCGUAGUGCAUCGGGAUUUAUAUAACUGUAAUUCAUGAAAACAAUUUUGGCGAUAUACAUUUAUAUUGGGCUUAAUGUUAAUAUCUCAUGCUGACAGCAAUGAUGGCACGAAACGGCUUGACAUUCUUCUCAAUCUGGAAUGCUUGCUGAGAAUUCUAUUACAAAAUCGUGUGUAUUUGAUCUGUACACUAUACUAAAUUUUGUUUGUUUUUGAAUGAUGAUACACGAGUCGUCCAGAAUGUGUUGUUGAAUUUGUCGAGCUAUAAUUUAAAACACGAUUUUGCACGACAGUUUGUUGGCAGUUUAUUGAGAGGUGGGUAGUGAUAAAAAAAAUUAUAUAUCCUAUGAUUUACAAACAAAAACAGUUUUGUAAUAACUGGCUUUUUGAGGUUUUCUUUAUAAUAUAAGCAUUUCUGGGGUAAGUUGUGAUGUACCACAUUAGUAAAAACAAAUGUCGGCUCCAAUAAGUUUGCGAUAGUGUGAUUCGGGUUUGUGCUGUCUCAGUGACUUUGAGUUCUGGUUUCAUUUUGGUUUCAGUUUUCAUCGGUGUUCGGGUUUGGUUGUCACAAGGGUUCGGCUGUCAUCAGUGUUCGGGUUCGGUUGUCAUCAGGUUUCAGGUUAGGUUGUCAUCAGGGUUCGGGUUCGGUUUGCGUCAGGGUUCGGCUGUUAAAAGGGUUCGGUUGUCAUAAGGGUUGGGGUUCGGUUGCCGUAAAGGUUUGGGGUUUGGUUGUCAUCAGGUUUCGAGUCCGAUGGUUUGGUUUCGGUUAGAUUACCAAAUGUAAGUCAUACCCAACAUCAUGGAUCACCAACAUGUUUGAGUGUCUGUGUGAAAGGAAAAGGGGGGGGGGGGCUAUUUAAGGUAUAAUGUAAAUCUAUUUUCACCGUGUCUCUUGGAUAAGUGGACGACGCUGUCGACAUUCAGGCCUUACCUGCACACCUUGACCAAGUCGCAACUGUUCCUGGUCAUCUCAUCGUGCUACUCGUCUAUUGGGAGCACCUUCUUGGCCAUUCUGGUCCAGAUGGGGGUAAGUUGGAUUAGUUGGAUGGGUUGGUAAAUUGGGUUGUGGGAUAGGUUGUUGGUGUUGUUGGGGGGUUGGUAGAAUUGGUUGGUAAUUUGGGUUGGUGGGAUGGGUGGGGUGAGUUCGUGGAAGUGGUUGGUAAGUUGGGUUGGUGGAAAUUGUUUGUAAGUUGGGUUGGUGGAAUUGGUUGGUAAGUUGGGUUGGUGGAAUUGGUUGGUAAGUUGGGUUGGUGGAAUUGGUUGGUAAGUUGGGUUGGUGGAAUUGGUUGAUAAGUUCGGUAAGUGUGAUGUGGUGGUGGGGUGGGUUGAUGUGGUGGGUUGGUAUGUUAGAUUGGUAAGUUGGGGUGGUGGGGUGGGUUGACGGGGUGGGUUGGUAAGUUGGAUAGGUAAGUUGGGUUGAUGGGGUGGGUUUUAAGUUGGGUUGGUGGGGUGGGUCGGUAAGUUUGGUUGCUCGUAUGUUGGGUUGCUGGUAAGUUGGGUUAAUGUGUGGGUCUGAUUGGUUUGGAUGGGUGGGUUGUGUUGGUAGGUUGGGGUUGCUGGCAAGUAGGGUUGUCGGUAAGUUGUUUGAUGGUGGGUCGGAUGGGUGGGUUCGUGGGUCUGUAUUGGUGGUUUGGGUUGGUAGGUUGGGUAAAUAAAAUUUAACGUGUAUAGUUUAAUCGUUGGACACUCAGUUUUGUGACCACGGUUUUAAACUGUAGCUGCUAAGUGAUCAAAUUGUAUGUUGCUUAAUCUAGAUUUUAAUAUGUAGUCCAUUGUCUUUCCCUCUGUAGAAAACAAUUCAAUUCAGCCUAGAGCCCCACUCCACUUUCUUUCUUUAGAAAACAAUUCAAUUCAGCAUAAGACCCCUCAAAAUAAACUACCAUGGAGCUCACAAAUUUAUUUUAACGGGUUUUCCAAGACUUUUAACAUAUCAGAUAUCAGAAGCGUCAACAAAAGUUUCAACCAAAUUUUAUUUUUUACCAGGUGCCACUAGAUCUUAUUAUAGGAGCAAUGCUGAUCUCCGCCCCUGCCGUAUUCACUAUCUGUAAGCUCAUGGUUCCAGAGACGAGUCGCAAGAAAAAUGUCAAACUAACCGAAAUAGGCGAGGAAGAGAAACGGUAAAUAUUUAUCUAACAUCUUGUAGUCACACAAUAAGGUUUUAGAAGAAAUGGGCCAAACUAAUUACCGAACGACAUUGGCUUCAUACAGAAUUCAAUUUUAAAAUUUGAAGAGUUUUUUAACUUGACGAAAGAGUGGGUGACGUCAGUGGUUUAGCUAGAGUUUGUGCCAACUGGGCAGGAAUACCUUUCCGCUAGGAAAUUUCUUCGCCAUUCUUUGCAGUAUUUAGAAAAAGGGUGGGGGGGGGGCUCUCUCAAGUAUUUCACGUUAUCCUAUGUGCCCUUCGUUGUCUUGGAUGAACCAUGGGUAGUCCAAAUUGGCCAUUGCAUUUUGGCCACUGCGUAUUGCCUAAUGCACAUUGGCCAGUGCACAUUGGCUACUGUACAUUGGCUAGUGCAUAUUGGCUAAUGCAGAUGAGAUACUGCAAAUUGGCUAGUGCACAUUGGCUAGUGAACAUAGGCAAGUGCACAUUGGCUAGUGCAAAUGGGCCAGUGCACAUUGGCUAGUGUUCAUUGUCUAAUGCACAUUGGCUACUGAACAUUGGCUAGUGCACAUUCGCUGUUGAGCAUUGGCUGGCUGCUGCACAUUAAUUAUAUGAGAUAUUUUGGUCGUCCUACUCAAUAGCUAGAGAAUUACAGAGUUUACUUACAAUGGGUGUAAGGAUGUGUUGUGAAGAGCUUUGCUUCCUGUUGAAAACUCAAAAUUAUUUAAAAGAUUGAAAACCAAUUUGACUAUUAACUAACAGCCUGUCAAUUGUUCAUGUCAAUAAAUUACAUUAUCCCCUGUACUAACAGCCUGUCAAUUUUUCAUGUCAUUAAAUUUCAUUAGUCCCUGUGCAUAAACAGUGAAAAAAGUAAAGUGGAAAUUCGUAGGUUUAUGGUAAUGACUAAAUUAUAUUUGAGUCGAAUUAGCAUACAACAUGUUUUUGGUAAGUGGGUAUGCUAUUCCGCAGCAAGUACACCAAUUCAUUAGACGCCUUCCAGGAGGGGGCCUUAAUGAUGCUGGGCAUCAUUGGAAGUAUUACGGUCAGCACUUACUCUUUAAUAAGUCUGAUAUCCUGGGUCAACAACACGCUGGCCUGGUUCGGAGACAGAGUCGGUGUAAAGGCGCUCUCCAUUGAGGUAGGGAUCUUUUAAUCACAAAGAUUUUAGUUGAUAGAAACAGCGGCUUUCGUAAUAAGUCUUUCAGAUGUAAUCAAUUAUGACGCUUCUAUAAAAACCGACAGCCACCACUCAGAAGAGCCGUUCUUAGACAUGGGCAAACUAAGCCACCGCCUAGGGCCCAACUGCAAACAGUGGCCGCCCAACUGGGCGCUAUUUUUAAUAAGCCCGCAACUGGUCCAUAUAUUUCAGAAGUAAACAUUUUCUCUAGUGGCGGAAUUAUCAAUAGGGUUAAAGGUUGCAGGCGAGCAAAGGGGAAACAGUCACGAAGGCCGAAUGGAGGUGAUGAAACCUCACAAAUCUGUUUUCUCCUCAGCCCCGGAGGGUGCUUCACCCCCGGCCCCCCCCCCCCUUUGUGGCCCCCUGCCAACGCUCCAUUCAUAGGGCCUCCCCCCCCCCCCCAAAUCCUAAGAAUGGCUCUUCACUCAGUUUUUACUAUUUGAUCGAUUUAGUUCGGUGGUUCUUUAUCUGUGGGGUCGCAUCCCCAACGGGGUGACUGAAAAUAUGCCAGUGGUCACUUUUUAAUUAUAUAAGGUUUUUUUUGGUCAUUUUUCCCUUCUUUUAAAUGUGCAUUUCAAAUAUUUGUACCAGCUAAAAUUUAACAAAGAAAUAUUAAUACAGUGAUUUGGUUAAGUUUCUUCUUGUCACUACUCUGUGACUACUCUUCAAUAAUUACAGCCAUGAUCAUACCAGUCAUCUUAUCAUCUCAGCAACCAUUUCUCAAUUUCUCUUAUUGAUUAUGCAAAAGGGUCGCCACGUCUUGUGAAAUGUUCUCAAUUAGUCACGACACUAAAAAGGUCGAGAACCGGUAUUUCAGUUGAACAAUAAUUAUUGCUAGAUAACAUUGUAUUGAAAAAAAAUUCUCAAAGUGACAGUUUAUAUUAUUAUUUUAUAAAUGAAAAUAAAUAAAAUGUUCAUCGACUCAUUCCAUGUUGAAACUUAACUAGCACAGAAUAUUUCCUUGUCUCCAUGAAAUAAGACAAGAAACCAGACGCGAAACUAUGCAAGACCUGUCAAUCCGUUCUUUCAAUCAGUUAUGUAUUUUAAUUAAUUUUUUGUAUCUUAAAACUUUCGUCCCGCAGCUGAUAUCGUCGUAUUUAAUGUACCCCUUUGCGCUGGCCAUGGGCGUCACGCCAGAAGAUUGCAGGCGGGUCGCAAUGCUAUGUGGGUACCGGCUUGGCAGCUCUAUCCUUAUUGCCUUCCUUAAGGUACGCCCCGUGUCCAGGCUUCUUCAUUUUUAACACACACUUUCGUGAAUUCAUUUACCCAUUUUUUUUUAAAAUCCUGUAUAUUUACUUUGCUUUUUUUUUUUUCUCGUGUGUUUCUGGGUGGGUGGCAAAAUUUUCGGAUGACAAAUUGACCCACUUCCAGUUAACCUUUCAAAUUUGAAAAAAAUUAUCGCAAAAGUGUUUGGGUGCGUAAUAUAUUCUUAUGCUUUUUCUGAAAUAGUUGGUGAAAUAUAUCUGAAGUGUAAAAGUGGGUGGGACAUGAGAAUAGUAGUAUGUAAAAAAAUAAUUAAAAUGCAUCAUAUAAAGGGAUUUGCACCAAAAACUUUGUUUUUAAGCGUUGUUUAAUUAACUUGCACUUUCGUGAAAUCUAUUUCCUUUUUUAAAAAAAAAAGUAUGCAUUUAAAAAAUUAUCCGUAUUAUUAAAACUUAUUAAUUUAACUAUUUUUCUUAAGCAGUAUUUUUAUUGAUUAAAAAAAUAAAAUAUAUCUUUUGAUCAUGCAUCCUUCAUUAUAUUAUAAAAAGUAAUAUUUAUUACUGCCAAAAGUUGAAGAUCUAUUGUUGGUUUAACCUUCCUCGCUGUGUCUCGCCAGUUCGUUGAACUUAAGAACAACAGGUUGAAAUAUGUCGACUACAUGUUAAAGACGGGCGGAAACGGCACUGUGACCUACGUGAACGAUGACGUCAUCCUCGACCAGUGGGGAGUAACGCUUCCGUUUGGAUUCAUCUCAGUAAGCUUCAAUUAA